AUGUCUGCUUCCUCUAUAUCUAAAAGUGGUACCUGGACUUCUUUUCUAAAGUCAUUGGCGUCUUUCAAUGGUGAUUUAUCUAAAUUAUCAGCUCCUCCAUUUAUUUUGUCACCUGUUUCUCUAUCAGAAUAUCCAAGAUAUUGGGCAGAUCAUCAAGAAGUUUUCGUUGAACCAUCCUUAAUCGAUAACGAAAAUUACAAACAAAGAUGUAGUUGUGAUAAAAAUGUUGAAUCACCAGAGAUGGCAAGAAUGCUGGCGGUAAUUAAAUGGUUUAUCUGUACCAUGAGAUCUCAAUAUGCAUCAAGAACUGAAAAACAAGGUAAUGAAAAGAAGCCAUUAAACCCUUUCCUAGGUGAGCUAUUUGUUGGUAAAUGGAGUAAUAAAGAUGACCCAAGUUUAGGUGAAACCAUAUUAUUAACGGAACAAGUCUCUCAUCAUCCACCAAUCACUGGUUAUAGCAUAUUAAAUGAUAAACAUAAUAUUAGAUUUCAUGGUUACAACCACUUGAAAACUUCAAUUUCUAAAACAUUAACUUUAAAUGUCAAGCAAUACGGCCAUGCAAUGCUACACAUUAGAGACGAUGAUGAAACAUAUUUAAUUACACUACCUCCAUUACAUAUUGAAGGUAUAUUAGCUGCUUCCCCAUAUGCCGAGUUAGAAGGUAGAACUUUUAUUCAAUCAAGUACCGGUUUGUUAUGUUCAAUCGAUUACAGUGGUAAAGGUUAUUUCUCAGGUAAAAAAAACACUUUCAAAGCCAGAAUUUUUAAAGACCCGAAACAGGUCGAUGAUAAGACAAAAGCUACUUACACAAUUAACGGACAAUGGUCAAAGCAGUCUACAAUUGUUAAACACGAUCCAAAAUUAGGAGACAGCGAGCCAAAGUUAUUUUUCGAUGCUGAGCUUCCAAAAGUAUGCGAAUUAUACGUUAAGCCAAUUGAAGAACAACAUCCAUUGGAAAGUAGAAAAGCUUGGAAAGAUGUUGCCGAUGCAAUCAUUGCUGGUGAUAUGAGUUUGAUCUCGAAACAUAAAACUGCAUUAGAAGAAAAGCAAAGGGCCAUGAGAAAGGAAGAAGAAUCCGAAGGAAGAGUAUGGCAAACAAGAUGGUUCAAUUGUGUCAAUUACGAUCUUGAAGAAUCAGCUUCUUCUUCCGAGGAUGGUUCAUCUAUGAUUGGACCAACUGAAGAGGAUCAAUACUUAGCAUUAGCAAAAGCUUUCAAUCUAUCCACAAAGAAUGUGCCAAGUGGUACCUUAGCACAUGAGAAACAUCACAAAAAAGCUGAUUUAACUUCAUUACAUUGGAGAUUUGUUAGAGAAAACUGGGACAAUGACAAAGAUAUCAUAGCUUAA